CGGCGGGGUCCCCCCGAGGGCGCGGCGGUGACGGCGCGGCUCGUACCCCCCCUCUCCCGGGUUGUCGGCUCCCCGCGCGGGGUGAGGGGCGGGCAGGUGGGCGAUGAAUGGGUUCAGCACCGAGGAGGACAGCCGGGAUGGGCCGCCCGCCGCCCCCUUUUACGGCCAGAGCUGCUGCCUCAUUGACGACGGGGACCGCUGCGUGCGCCCCGCCGGCAACGCGUCCUUCAGCAAGAGGAUCCAGAAGAGCAUCUCGCAGAAGAAGCUGAAGCUGGACAUCGACAAAAGUGUGAGACAUCUGUAUAUUUGUGAUUUUCACAAGAACUUCAUUCAAAGUGUGCGAAACAAAAGGAAGAGGAAGACGAGCGAUGAUGGAGGUGACUCUCCUGAGCAUGACACGGAUGUUCCAGAGGUUGACUUGUUCCAGCUCCAAGUGAACACCUUGAGACGUUACAAGAGGCAUUAUAAGUUGCAGACUAGGCCUGGACUCAACAAGGCUCAGCUUGCAGAAACUGUCAGUCGUCACUUCAGGAAUAUUCCGGUGAAUGAGAAGGAGACACUUGCAUAUUUCAUCUACAUGGUGAAGAACAACAAGAGCAGGCUGGACCAGAAAUCAGAAGGCAGCAAGCAACUAGAUUGAAGGUUAACAAGACUUGGAAUAAGAGAGACCUUAAAGGAACAUAUGGGCUGAAAACUGCCGACAAAGAGCAGAGAGUGGCACUGCUGACUGGGAAUGCCAAGCCUGGAGCAGAAAAACUCAGCUGAUGAGAUAUUUUGUGACAAACCCAUGUCAGUUGUACAAGUGCAAUUCAUGGAGUCUUUUGAAUGCAACAAAAAUACAACUCACAAGAAGGAUGGAGGUUGUUGAAGAACCACGUGACUUUGCAUUUUGGAGUGUUGGGCUUUUCUGCGAUGGGGAUCCUCCCCUCCAGUAUCA